AUGCCGUUCUUGAAACACCAGCCGUCUGAGCAGAACGUCGAGGACGACGACGAGAAUGUUAACAUCGACCCCGAGCUUCGCCUCCGGACCGUCCGCACCGCCCACUCGACGAUUGAAGAGUCGGUUCGGUUGGAACAGCGCGCAGAGCGCCGCAAGUCUGUCAGGCGCAAGCGCUCGCGCUUCUUUCGGAAGGACAAGGAGAAGCGGAAUAAAUCUGUAGAUGGCGGGGCGCUGGGCUCUGUGGCGGAAGGGCAGGCGGAUGGACCGGGAAAGGCAGCGGUGAUCCCUGGCGCACGGAGAAAUGUCUACGUCAAUAUGCCGCUCACCGCUAUGGAAGUCGACAGGGAGGGCGAGCCGCUUGCCCGUUACGUCCGGAAUAAAGUUCGGACAAGCAAAUAUACCAUCCUCACGUUCAUACCCAAGAACCUGUACGAACAAUUCAGGCGUGUCGCUAAUCUCUACUUUCUGGUCACGACUGUGUUACAAGUGUUCCCUCUGUUCGGCGCUACAACCCCGCAAAUAGCCAUGCUGCCGCUUGUAUUCAUUCUGGGAGUAACAGCCAUCAAAGAUGGGAUAGAGGACUACCGACGUGCUCAGGUCGACGAGGAACUCAACACAUCGGCUACGACGAAGCUGGAGAACUGGAGGAACGUCAAUCAGCCCACGGACCCACGAAACUGGAUCGAGCGGUUGUUCGGUCUCAACGCACCAGGGCGCGUCACGAAGGGUGUGAAGAAGCUGCGGGAGCGUGAGGCGGGCGAGGGAAUGCGCAUCAUGCUGCGACGUGGGGACGCAUCUCGCGUGAGCUUCACAAGCGAGUACAAGGACGCACAGAGUAAUCUGUCGCUCGAUAUGCGUCCAGUGGGACCUGGUGGACGCGUGCUUGACGAUAUACAGUCCGCGGACGACCACUCGUACCCUCCCGCCGAUCCCAGCAUGGUAUCUUUGGACGGUGCAGCCGCAGCAGUUGUGGGCAACCACGCACACUCCGAGAGCAUAGGAGUGGCUAGCGACAAGACCCUGACGGGAUCACCAGGCGGGGUCGUCAAUUGGUCGAAGCGUGUUUCAGGUCUGGCGCGGUGGGAGCGUACGCUGUGGAAGAAGCUCGAGGUCGGCGAUAUCGUGCUCCUGAUGGAGAACGAGCAAGUUCCCGCGGAUAUCGUCGUGCUCUCAACAGCAGACCCGGACGGCUCGUGCUUCAUCGAGACGAAGAAUUUGGACGGAGAGACGAACUUGAAGCCGAGGCGCGCGGUCGGUGCUACGAGUGGCAUCCUGAGUGAAGAGGACAUCGAGCGAGCAGCGUUUAUGGUCGACUCGGAGCCACCGCAUGCGAAUCUGUAUCUCUACAACGCGACACUACGGUAUAACGACCCUCGCACAGGCGAACCACGGCAGGAAGGUGUCACCAUCAACGAGUUGCUUCUACGUGGUUGUACACUACGCAAUACGCCUUGGAUCAUCGGUCUCGUCGUCUUCACCGGGCCAGACACCAAGAUCAUGCUGAACGGCGGUGAAACGCCCAGUAAGCGUUCGAAGAUUGAGAAGGAGACGAACUUCAAUGUUAUCGUCAACUUCGUUAUCCUGAUGAUCAUGUGUAUCAUUUGCGCGGUCGCGUACGGGAUAUACGAAUCGCAGACGGGCACGAGCGCGUUCUAUUUCGAGGCGGGAAGCGAUGCAUCGGACAGCAAGGUCCUCAAUGCGCUUGUCACUUUCGUGUCAUGUUUGAUCGCUUUUCAGAAUAUCGUGCCUAUCUCGCUCUACAUAUCCAUCGAAAUCGUCAAGACCAUCCAAGCGUACUUUAUCAGUCAAGACGUGGACAUGUACUAUCCGGCCCUCGACACGAGUUGUGUACCCAAGACGUGGAACAUCUCCGACGAUCUCGGUCAAAUCGAGUACAUCUUCAGUGACAAGACCGGCACACUCACUCAGAACGUCAUGGAGUUUCAGAAGUGCUCUAUCGGCGGCGUGCAAUACGGCGAGGCGAUCACCGAAGCCCAGCGCGGCGCUGCAAGACGCGACGGUCGCACUGACCUGCUCGACCCAGAGGAACACGCACGCAAGCUCGCAGAGCAGCGCCAGGACAUGAUCACGACGAUGACCCGCGCGUUCAAGAAUCGAUGGUUACAACCGGACCAGGUCACGCUCAUCUCGCCACAACUCGCCGAUGACAUGGCGGACGUAGGCGGCGUGCAGCGCACUAGGAUCAUGGACUUUUUCCGCGCACUCGCUGUCUGCCACACCGUGCUCUCCGAUAAGCCCGAGCCUCAGCGCGAGCCAUAUCGGUUGCUGUACAAGGCCGAGUCGCCGGACGAGGCUGCCCUCGUGAGCGCCGCGCGCGACGCUGGAUUCCCGUUCCUCAACCGUUCGAAGGACUAUGUCGAGAUCGAGGCGCUUGGGCAGCCAGAGCGAUACAUCCCGCUGCGUGUGCUGGAGUUCAACAGCACACGGAAGCGCAUGAGUGUGCUUGUGCGCAACCCGCAGGGGAGGGUGGUCUUGUACUGCAAGGGCGCUGACAGUGUCAUUUACGAGCGUCUUGCUGCGGACUGCGACCCUGAGCUCAAGGCGCAGACGGCGAAGGAUAUGGAGACAUUCGCCAACGGUGGCUUGCGUACUCUAUGUAUCGCCUGGCGCAUGGUUGAGGAAGAGGAGUACUUGAACUGGAUCAGGGCAUACGACGCGGCGACGAGUGCUGUCGCCGACCGCGACGAGGAGAUCGACAAGGCGAACGCGCUUAUCGAGCACUCAUUGCAUAUUCUCGGUGCAACAGCACUGGAGGAUAAGCUGCAGGAGGGCGUACCGGAUGCGAUUGAGACGCUUCAUCAGGCCGGCAUCAAGCUCUGGAUCUUGACGGGCGACAAGGUGCAGACCGCCAUCGAGAUUGCGUACUCGUGCAACCUGUUGAAGAACGACAUGGAGGUCAUGAUCCUUUCUGCGGACACACUCGACGGCGCGCGCCUACAGAUCGAAGGCGGUUUGAAUAAGAUGGCAUCCGUACUCGGCCCACCUUCCUUCCGCCCGCAGGACCGUGGUUUCCUGCCCAACGCCAAGGCCUCUUUCGCAGUAGUCAUCGACGGCGACACGCUCCGACACGCGCUUAAUCCGGCGCUUAAGGAACUUUUCCUCACGCUCGGCACGCAGUGCGAGACGGUUGUAUGCUGUCGUGUCUCGCCUGCGCAGAAGGCACUUACUGUCAAGCUCGUCAAGGAGGGCCGUAACGCCAUGACCCUCUCUAUCGGUGAUGGAGCCAACGAUGUGGCCAUGAUCCAAGAGGCGAACAUCGGUGUCGGCCUGUUCGGUCUUGAGGGUAGUCAGGCGGCCAUGAGUGCCGACUACGCGUUUGGCCAGUUCAGGUUCCUUACGAAGUUACUCAUCGUUCAUGGUCGUUGGUCGUAUCGCCGUAUCGCGGCCAUGCACAGCAACUUCUUCUACAAGAACGUUAUCUGGACAUUCGGCGGGUUCUGGUUCCUGAUCUUCAGCGGCUUCACUGCAACAUAUCUCUUCGAGUAUACUUUCAUCCUGCUAUUCAACCUGGUCUUCACGUCGUUACCUGUCAUCAUCCUCGGAGCUUUUGACCAAGACGUGAACGCGAAAGCGGCGUUGGCAUUCCCUCAGCUCUAUAUCCGCGGCAUUCGUGGGUUGGAGUACACCCGCACCAAGUUUUGGCUUUACAUGGCCGACGGUCUUUACCAGUCUGGCGUCAUCUUUUUCUUCCCAUACCUCAUCUGGACAAUCGGCACGCCCGUCUCAUGGAAUGGCAAAGCGAUGGAGGGGUUGUACGACUUCGGUACUACUUCGGCCGUCGCUGCCAUCUUCGCUGCCAAUAUCUACGUCGGCAUUGACACGCAUUACUGGACGAUCAUCACAUGGGUCAUCCUCAUCGGCUCGAAUGUUGUGAUGCUCCUGUGGAUCCUCAUCUACUCGUUCUUCCCGACUCAGGACUUCUACUACCUGGUGGAGGUUCUCUACUCCAGUGUUCUCUUCUGGGCCACCGUGGUCUUGUCCGUGGCCACAGCGUUACUUCCUCGCUUCAUCGUCAAGUCAGUCUCUUCCGCCUUGAAUCCUACGGACAGCGACAUCGUGCGUGAGAUGUGGGUCAAGGGCGAUCUCAAGGACCAACUCGGUAUUAAGCACCGGCGCGAGAAACGCAAUCGUACUCGCUCGGACAUGGAGAUCGCACCCAUGUUCCAGAAACCGCACUGUCGGUCGGUAUCCGAGUUCUCUUACAGCGACCCAUACGAGCACCACCCCAUCGAGUCCUCUACGCCGAACUCUGGUGUUGAGACGCCGCCUGCUAUACAGGAGCCGUAUGUCGACUCUCCGGUCAAGGAGGGGCAGACGCUGUCGUAUAUGGAUGCGGGAGGGCGACCGACAUCAUAUCUGGACGCUUCCAGUCCUAUGACUCCACCAGGCGGGCAGCGCGGAUUCCCCGUCAUGGCUCCUUCUCCCGCCCCGUCCUACUACUCUGCGUCCGACAUCCCUUCACCCUCGCCGAUGCCAUAUCCCGUAUAUCGCCACCCAUCUGACAUCUAUGGCUCCGUUGGCGAGUCGUGGGAUCGUGAGCGCGUAGGCUCGUCGCUGCAGGUACCGCAGAAUACGUACGAGAUGCGUGUGCGUUCACCCGCCACGUAUCCCGCGCCGCAUCGACCACCACCUGACGAGGAACGCUCCCCAGUCGGUCGUCCGCCAGAUGAGCUGCAUCCGCGGGAGACAACUGAUGCUUCGUAUGCAACGGCGCCAGAAGGGCCUGGCGAUCCAGAUAUGCUCGGGCAUCCUGGAGACCGUGCUGACUGGCGUGCGAGCACGUACUCGACGAGCGGACCACACGCUAUGUAG